AUGUCACACUGUUCCGUUGACGAAUUACGUACAAGUCUGGCGAAUGCCACAAAAGACACACAUAAUCUGUGGGAAGAGAAUAAAGACUUGCAGGGCAGAUUCGUUAAUGAUUUAAACGAGAUAUCUCGUAUACAACAAGCCAUUACGCAGUUGGAGAGGGAGCAUCGCCAAGAUCAACUUCAGCAUCCGCGUCAUUCAAUGACAGAAAUGCAAAGGAGGGCAUCACAGCUAUAUUCUAUGCUAACAACUAAAAGGGAGGAAAUCGUUAAGAAGCUAAAUGAUGGGACGAAUUUCGUUGCUUUGCUCCAAAACCAAUUAAUUAGUGACCGUUUGUUUGACUGGAAGAACCGCCAGAAGUUGGCGCAAGUUGGUGUGCCUUUUGAUAAUCGGGAUGCAAUGCUGGAUGAAAUACAGAUGGAGUUCGAAUUUCUCGCGGAACAGAAUUGGCAACUGCAUAUGUUCGCUAGUUGGACGUUAGAUCUGCUUACGAGAGGUCCACAGAUAAAUGACAGUCAUGCACAUUCUACGGCAGCAAAUCUAACAACUUUGACAGAUCAGCUCACCAAAUUAUUGUUUAUGCUAAUUUCACAAAGCUUCGUGGUAUCAAUCCAGCCUGAACCUGUGCUGAAAACACAACACAAGUUUGUUACUGAGGUUCGUUUGCUUAUCGGCGACAAGCUGGGGAUUCGCCAGCACCUCGUAAACACAAAUGUUACUGUUAAAAUUAUUGCUGAAGAAGAGGCAAAGCUAUUGAGUGCUACACAGAUGAACCACAAGGAUAUCAAGAGUGUUGGCAGUAUCAGCAACGAUUAUGAAAAAAUGACAAUGGAUGAAAGAGGGCACAUGGCAGCGAAAUUCAAUAAUUCGAAGCUGACUCGUAUUGCUCACCGCAAACCACCUCCCAAGGGAGCUGCAGCAGAUAUGAAGUGUGCAGUCAAUGUACAAGCUGCAACAGAUCAGAAAUAUGCGUUGCUAUUUCACAUAAGUCCAUUCCAGCUCGGAACUCUAGGAAAAUUUGACGUGUGGACACUUUCGCUUCCUCUCAUGGUGACGGUGCAUGGUUCACAAGAUUGUGAUGCGCAGGGUGCUAUCAUAUGGCAUCGUGCAUUUGCCUCUGUGUCUCGUUCACCUGGAUCAACUGAUAUCGCUGCUGUGUCAUGGAAGGAUCUCACCCAUGUCCUUCAACACAAGUUUACGUUGUUCACCGGUGCCCGUCGGCAAUUAUCUGACUCAGACUUGAGUUACCUUUCUGAGAAAUUGGUCGUUCCUAAUGUUCCCGAUCAAAAACCGAUCACAUUCCAUCGUUUUGCAAAGCAAAAUCUUCGCGACGACGUCUCAUUUUCUUUUUGGGAGUGGUUCUUCGCCAUUAUGCAAUUGAUCAAGCAAAAAUUGCUCAAAUUUUGGGAUGAAGGAUGGUUGGUAGGUUUCAUAUCGAAACAAGACGCCUCACAAUCAAUGAUGUUGUCAAAUCAUCCCACGUUUUUGCUACGAUUCAGUGACACUCAGACGGGAGCUGUUAGCAUUGGAUUCGUUUGUGAAGAUGAUGACGGUCAAAAAGUGCCAUUCCAUCUCGCGCCGUUUACUAUCAAAGACCUUGAUCAGUUGUCUCUUGCCCAACGAAUAGCCAGUUGUCCUCAAUUGAAAGAAAUUAGAUAUCUAUAUCCAAACAUGGAUAAAGACGAAAUGCUACGCUAUUUUGACAGUGAAGAACGAAACCGCGGUGGACCCGACAGUCCGACUGGAUAUAUCCAGUCAGAAAUAGUGAUGGUUGCGAAAACAUCUAACAAACCCUCAUCGACCUCAGUCAUUAGUGGUGGUGACUCACCAUCUCCGCAAUCGGUGCAGUCGAAGUCAGAGUGGUCACCUGGGGAGGUGAUCCGGCCGUCUCAGUCAAUGGAUAUAGGGGAUGAUCUGGCAUCAAUGUUAUCCUCAUCGGGACUUGACAGUUGUAGUGGUCACGGAGAUGUGGAAUCACUACUAGGUCCAGGUUUCCGGCCACAAUUACUUUCACAGCCGCUUCAACACAUUGACUUGUCAUUCGUAGAUUCCUACGAUAAUUCAGCUUUCUUUCGACAUGAGUAA